AUGCAAAAGCUUUAUGAAGAACUACAACCCACUGCAGAGAGCGAAAGCCGUCGGUCAAGGUUUAUUGAGAAGCUCGACAAGAUCCUUCGCGGAAGAUGGCCGACGUCGUCUAUCAAAGUCAAUGUCUUUGGUUCUACAGGGAACAACCUGGGCACUUCGGAUUCCGAUGUCGAUAUCUGCAUCACUACUGAUUGCAAGGAGAUGGAGCGGGUUUGCAAUAUAGCAGAUCUCCUGGCGAAACAUGGGAUGGAAAGGGUGGUGUGUGUCUCUUCCGCCAAGGUGCCCAUUGUUAAAAUUUGGGACCCUGAAUUACAUGUUGCUUGCGACAUCAACGUCAACAACCCGCUGGCUUUGGAGAACACGCAACUGGUCCGAACGUAUGUCAGCAUUGACGCCCGAGUGAGACCCUUGGCCAUGAUCAUCAAAUAUUGGGCGAAGCGAAGGAUGCUGAACGAUGCUGCUCUUGGAGGCACCCUUAGCUCGUAUACGUGGAUAUGUCUGGCCUUGAAUUUUCUGCAAACAAGAGACCCUCCCAUCUUGCCUACUCUGCAGCAACAGCCUAACUUGCAACCGAGAGAGGUGGCCGGAGUGAAGGUUUCGUUUGAUCGUAACGUGGACGCCCACAAAGAUUUCGGCAGCCGCAACAAGUCCUCUCUAGGAGAGCUCUUGUUUCAUUUCUUCCGCUACUAUGGGCACGAGCUUGACUUUGAGCAGAGCGUGGUGUCGGUGCGGCUAGGUCGGGUGCUGUCGAAGGUUGAAAAGUCGUGGCACCUUCUCCAGGACAAUCGGUUGUGCGUCGAAGAGCCUUUCAACGUGUCGAGAAACUUGGCCAACACCGCGGACGACACCUCGAUGCGAGGCAUCCACCUAGAAUUGCGGCGGGCGUUUGAGUUGUUAGGAGAGGGUAAACUGGCACAGUGCUGCGAGCAAUUCGUGCAUCCUCCGGAUGAGAUCAAGCCCUCAGAACACUUUGUGCCACCUUCAUCACGCCCGGUGAUUCCACAACCUCCCAAUCAGCCCCCACGAGGAGCUCGGAAUACCCCUCGAGGUGGCAGCAGGAAUCUAAGUUCCAUGAAUCGCAAUCCCCGACGGUCUUCAAAUCCCACUGUACGGAAUCCCAACUAUUUGCGCAAUCCUCCGUUCCAUAUGACGACCCAUGAAUUGCAGCUUCAACAGCAACACCAACAACAUCUCCUGCACGACCAGCUGUUCCAGCAAUACCAGUACCUCCAACUUCAAGAGCAGGAGCUGAGAAUGCAGCUCUAUCAACAGAGUCUUCGGCAAAGAGGGUUAAUGGCGGCUUAUAGUCAACCUGCGGGAUAUACUCAAUUUGUCUCCCAAGACGACGGACUUGAUUUUGGAUCCAAUCAAUCGGUCAACGGCGUUGGUCGGGCGCCCAUGUCGGCACCAUUAUACCAGCACGGCUUUCCUCGAUCACCCUACCUCUCUGCGAGCCAACCAAGCCAGGGUGUCUCAACCAACCCACCCUCACCGAGACUUAAUUCGGGAAUUCCGGACACUCGAAGGUUCUCUCGGCGAACGUCGGUAACACAAUCAUCCACAGGAGGUUCCCUGCGAGCUCAGUCGCAACCUGCACGGGCGGUUCCGGUCACUUCUUUGGGACAUUUGCCGCGCCCGGAUAUUACAGGCCUUCAGGAUCCUUCUGUCGGACGGAGGUCGUCCUCGUCGUCGACGUCGCAGGAACCGUACAUCGGUUACAUGGAAAAUGGUUAUGGGAUGAUUGGAUCCAUCUAUGAUCCGGUACGGCGCCCGGCCGAGUAUCUCGGAUAUUAUGUCGGCCAAUCGCCGUCAUUAUCUGCUUAUACUCAAAGCACGGCGAUCUCCCCCAUCCCUUCACACGUCGGCCUCGCCAUCCAGAAUGGAGGCCUAUCCCCGCGACUUGCUCCAGCAUCGACUCGACCGUCGGGGACGAUGCACACGCCCCCACUCCAAACGAUCUCCACGGCCUCGGUCGAAGAGCAAACCGAACCUGAGCAGGAGUCAAGAAACGGUAAAGGCGGCAACAUCGAAUCCGACCCGCCAAAGCCUCGAGAGGGCCCGCUCAUCGUCGAUGGCUCGAUAAAUUCGCCGCUACGAAGGCGCACGACCCACUCAUUCCACGAUCCUGAGGAUCAUAUCAAUUUCAGCGCAUCGACGUCGGAGGACCUGGCCUUUGACACACCAUCGAGUUCCGACGAACAAUCUCAAGACGCCUUCGACUGCAACGCGCUUGGGCAGAUUUCGCCAAUCAGUCCCAGUGGGCCUCGAAAUCAUCUCCCGCAUGCAAGCGGUGCUGAUCCCGAUUUUGCGAAUGGCUAUCUGCCCUCGAAAGGUAUAGCCCCGAGUCCGAAGGCUGGGACACAGGAUUCCGUGGGAAUGAGUGUUCUGACGAACCUGAAAAAGACGGGCGGCCCAGCGUGGUCUCUUGACCGGCAACUUUCGUCUGUGGAGGAGGUACGCACCCCUUCUCCCAGAGUAGAGAAAUUUAACGGACAGAGUUCUUUCCCCAAGGAGAGCAAGGGUCAUCAUUCUGGGCCGGAUGUGGCCUUAUCCAAUGGUGAAACAUUGUUGAAGAAUGGUGAGGAUCAUGCUGUUGCGAGACCGCUUGCAACCAGGACCAACGGAACUACAGGAUCUUCGAAACAAGGACCCGGCUCCGUCCCGAAUGCCAGCGGACCGAGCGGCUGGCAAACACAAAAGAAGAAGAAGAACAAGAGAAAGACGGUCAAGUCGGAAAACGAUGCGCAGACGUCGAGUCUUUCCGUGGGAGAAACGCUCCCGGCCGACGAAUCCCUACGGAAAGGCGGCUAG